AUGGUAAACUAUGCUAAUGGUAAUCCAGUGGCUCUCAAAGCUUUGGGCUCUUACAUUUAUUGCAGAAGAGAAGAAGAAUGGAAAUGUGCAUCAUCUGAAUUGAAAAAAGUUUUCAACAAAGAAAUUCAUAAUGUGUUGAAAACAAGUUAUGAUGGACUCAAUGAAAAUCAGAAAGAGAUAUUUCUUGACAUUUCAUGUUUUUUUAUAGGCGAGGAAAAAGAUCAUGUAGAAAGGAAACUGGAUGGCUGCCGUUACUGUGCUGAAAUAGGAAUACCAGUUCUUGUCGACGAGUCUCUGAUAACUAUCAGAGACAAAAAAAUACAAAUGCACAAUCUGCUACAAGAGAUGGGUCGUGAAAUUGUCCGCCAAGAGUCGGUUAAAGAUGCUGGAAAGCCUAGUAGAUUAUUCAUUCCUGAAGAAAGCUAUCAAGGAACUAAAGCAAUUGAAGGCAUAUUCCUGGACAUGUCUAAGAUCAGAGAGGGUCUUCUAUCUCUUCCUGAUGCACUAAGAUAUUUCCACUGGGAUGGAUACCCUUUGAAAUCUUUGCCAGCAACAUUCACCCCAGAAAAUCUUGUUGAACUCAAUAUGCCCUAUAGUCAGGUUGAGCUACUUUGGAAUGGAGUUCAGCUUACACAUGAAGUUCCUUCACAUUUUCAAUCUCUUGACAAGCUUACUUUCCUGAGUCUGAGAACUUGCAGUAAUGUUAAAAGUCUUCCAGAGUUACCAUGGAGUAUCGAGUUCUUAGAUUUAAGCGAGAAGGCUCAAGAGUCUCCCAACCAUCAUUUGCAAGUUCAAAUCUCUUAUGAGUAUUUGGCUCACAGGUGUUCACAAUUGGAAAACUUCCCCAAGAUCUUGGAACCUAUGGAGAGUUUAAGGACUCUCAGUUUAAAUGGAACAGCCAUUAAAAGGUUACACACAUCAAUUGCCAAUCUACAUGGACUUGAGCACUUGAUUCUUUCUUCUUGCAAAUUCCUUGACUUCAUUCCGUCCAGCAUUUGUAAUUUACACAAUCUUGAAUAUCUUUCCUUUUCUUGCUGCUCAAAGCUUCAAAAGUUGCCUCCCAUUGCCGGUUUAUGGUGCUCCUGGCUGGUAAAACAACAUGGUGAUACAUUAGAUAUCCGUGGAAGUUGGAUAUUUGCACAUAUUAGUGAAAUCACUAUUAAGAGAGUAUCCCUACCACACGUAAGCAUUGAAGAACUACCAUUUUUGCCUACCCUUGACUUGAAUAAGAGCAAGCGCCUUAAGUCCUUAUCAAAGCUUCCCUAUCUGCUAAAAGUUUUAUAUGAACAUGACUGCACAUUACCAAACACAGAGACAAUUUCAAGAACAGAACUCACACCUGAUUGGAAGUACUAUCGAAACUUUGGAGUAAAAGAUGAGGGUCUUAUAUUUUCAGAUUGCCUAAAGUUAUACCAGACAGCAAGCAGCAGCAUAAUGGUUGAUGCACAACUUAAAAUUUGGCAUAUGACAACCCUAGCAAAAGAGUUCUUUGGAACUGAUGAAACAUCAUAUGAAAGACCUUGGUUUGGUGUUUGUUAUCUGGGGCAUGAAAUUCCCAAGUGGUUCAUGUACCAAACGGCAGGACCUUUAUUAGAUAUCAAGCUUCCUCCACAUUGGUUUGAUACCAACAAUUUCUUGGGCUUUGCUCUCAGCAUUGUGGUUACUUUUGAUGAUAAUAAUGAGGACUACUACGAUUCUAAUAGCGAUUGCUAUUUAGAGUGUGAAACUCAUUUCAAAACUAGCUAUGAUACAUCAGAAAGCCAUUACAAAUUUAAUUGCCCUCUCUUGGUUUGGCACAAAGCCCAAGUUUUCUAUUCAGAUCAUGUGUUCCAGUGGUAUGACUAUUCACUGUGUCGCCAUGAUAUAUCUAGUUGGUCCAGUGGCACGGGAGUUGAGCUUUACUUCUAUCCUCGUGAAUAUUUUAAACAUAACUGUCCGUACCAUGGCACCGUUAAAAACUGCGGGAUGUACCUGCUAUAUGUCAAAGACACAGAGAACACCAUUUUUAAUAAUCAAGAUAGGGAGGACAAAGAACCAGAUGAUGGGGAUAAGUCUGAAUUCAGUGGGAGCAUGAUUGGUAGCUCGUUUGAGGCAGAAAAAGGAGACGAGUCUGAACGCAGUGGAAGUUCAAGUGUUAGCUUUGCAGAUGACAAAGAGGAUGAGGAGAUUGAAUUCAAUGGAAGCAUAAUUGAGAAAGAAGAAGAAAAAGACGACUAUAUGGAUGAACCAUGUCCUAAGAGAAUGAAGCAAUUAAAUUCUUGA